AUGAUUAUCAAUUCAUGGAAUAUUAGGGGGUUAAGGGGUGACGGGAAGCUGAGAAUGGUAAAAGAACUCAAGAGGAAACAUAGGUUGGAUAUGUUAGGCUUGGUAGAGACUAAAAGACAGUUAGUGACAAGAUUUGAUGUAUCAAAAAUAUGGGGGAGUGGAAGCGCGGGAUGGGAAUAUGUAGAGUCUGAUGGUGCCUCCGGUGGCCUGUUAUUGAUAUGGGAUGAUGCUUUCUUUAAAAUUCAAAAUUGCUAUAAAGGUGAGCGAUGGUUCUGUGUUGAAGGGGUACUGGCAGAGAAGUCUGUUAACUGUGCAUUCUUCUUGGUUUAUGGGGCUCACACGAGAGAUGAGAAAUGUUUUGUGUGGGAGGAGCUGAGUUACAUGGCUGGUUUAUGUCCAGGCGCUUGUUGUUUUAUGGGGGAUUUUAAUGAGAUUGGACAAGUGGAAGAAAGGCGAGGUCUAGAAAGCUUACCUCCAUCGGCACAAGACUAUAACGAUUGGGUACAUGACAUGGGUCUGGUGGACUUGCCAAUUUCAGAUCGUAAGUUUACAUGGUUCAGAGGACAGUCAUGUAGCCGCAUUGACAGAGCUCUGGUUAGUUUGGAAUGGAUGGAGGCAUUUCCGGAGACUCGUUUGAGAGGUGGGUUACGGGGGUUGUCAGACCACUGUCCCAUCUUAGUGGAAGAGAAGAGACUAAGAGUUGGACCGAGGCCGUUCCGAAGUCUGGAUUCGUGGUUUACUCAUGAAGGGUUUCUAAGGAUGGUUAAGGAGGAAUAG